AUGAGUACCAUACAAAACAUAAAGAAUUUCAUCCGACAUGGGAAACAAGCCCGCCUCGUGACCCAUUCUGAACCCACCACCGACGUGUCCACUAUUCACGCGGAACAACAACCGCAUGCCCAAGGUCAAUUCUCACCGGGACUUGGUUCAUUCGAUCCUGACUUCCGAGGAAAUGGUCCGGCAGCUUCUCAGAAAAGAACAGAGUCUCAAGUGCGAGAAGAUCGAUCCGUGGAAAUUGAACGGUUGGUCCAGGAGGAGAACGUGACUCGAUCCAAGAUGCCAAAGUAUCCAGGACUGGAACGAUGGAUUUUGGUGGAGAAGAUGGGUGAUGGAGCUUUCAGCAAUGUCUAUCGAGCCAAGGACUCCACGACGGAAUAUGGAGAGGUAGCCAUCAAGGUGGUGCGAAAGUUUGAAAUGAAUAGCAAUCAGUCAAGCCAUCUUCACCCAAGCGUCAAAAAGGUUCCAAAGGCUGCAGAGGUGCGCGGAUCGGAUUUCCCUUUCCCAAAGAUCACGCUCCAAUUCCUGUACAGUGUUGUCUUGCGCGCGAAUAUCCUCAAGGAAGUCCAGAUCAUGCGAAACCUCGACCACCCGAAUAUCGUCAAGUUAAUAGAUUUUUCCGAAUCUCGCCAAUAUUACUACAUCAUUCUGGAGCUCUGCCCUGGAGGCGAGCUCUUCCAUCAGAUCGUGCGAUUGACUUAUUUCAGCGAAGAUCUCAGUCGUCACGUCAUUCUUCAAGUUGCCAAGGCCAUCGAAUACCUCCAUGAGACAUCUGGUGUCGUGCAUCGUGACAUCAAACCUGAAAAUUUACUCUUCUACCCGAGCACAUUCGUUCCGAGCAAGGACCCGAAGCCCAAACAACCGGGUGAUGAAGAGAAGGAGGAUGAGGGAGAAUUUAUCCCAGGCGUUGGCUCGGGCGGCAUCGGGACGAUCAAGCUUGCCGAUUUCGGUCUUUCCAAGGUAAUUUGGGAUAGCCAGACCAUGACCCCUUGCGGAACUGUCGGUUACACGGCGCCGGAGAUCGUGAAGGAUGAGCGCUAUUCAAAAAGUGUGGAUAUGUGGGCCAUGGGCUGUGUUCUCUACACCCUACUCUGCGGUUUUCCCCCAUUUUACGAUGAAAGUAUUCAAGUUCUCACCGAAAAGGUCGCGCGUGGCCAAUAUACUUUCCUUUCGCCCUGGUGGGAUGACAUUUCCAAGUCAGCUCAGGAUCUUAUUUCACACUUGUUAACUGUCGACCCCGAGAAGCGAUACACCAUCAAGGAAUUCCUGGAGCAUCCAUGGAUUCGGGAAAGUGAUGAGGAAACUACUGCGGCUGCCGAUGCACCCCCUCUGGCUACACCCAUGGGUCAGGCCCGUCCGAACGGAGAUCAACUUGACCUCAUGGGUGUCGAGCAAGCUCCAUACCAGCCUCUCAGCUCCCGACUACAAGAGAUCCCCUCCGUCGCAUCGGAACGCCGAAUGGACUUCCGUUCUCCUGGCGCAUUCAAUUUGCGUGAGGUCUUCGAUGUUGGUUACGCCGUCCACCGUCAAGAGGAAGAAGGCAAGCGUCGCCGACACCAACGACAGGCAGCCCGGGGGAACCCUCUCGCUAAUUUCCAGUCUGCUUUGGGCUCACUGAACGAGGACUACGAUGACGAGCUAGACUACCAACCUCGAUCCGAUGCCUCUGGUCAGCCACCUGCCAAGGUUCCCAAGGCUACUGGUCCGCCGGGCGAUAUGGCUGGCAUGGAAGCAAAGCUACGAUCCACAAACUUGGGUGCUCAAAGCAGUGCUGCGCAGGCUCGCCAAGCUCACCGACAGCCUCGACAGCAGCAGGGCUACGGCCAACACGAUGCCAAGGUGGCAGCUGCUGCCAAAAGCUCCAUCGCGCGUAAAGCCCAACAACCAUUUGAGCUUAGCUUGGAUGGCGCCACAUUAUUGGAGAAACGUGGUCGACGCAAUCAAGGCCAACCUGUGGUCUGA